UUCACAAGAAAGCUUCAUUCUUUCCUCGAGACAACUUGCAACUUGUUCACAUCCAGGCCAGUCCACGCAUUAAGCAUGGACGUCAAUAACGGCAGUUACAGUCACAAUGACACGUACGACUAUGGCGACUAUGAUGAAGGUGGAUUAAUCAAGCUCUGCGAAUAUGAGAGUUACAUCAAAAUCACGGCAGCGAGUUACAUCAUGAUCUGUGUCUUCAGCCUGCUUGGGAACAGCCUGCUUAUCUAUGGCCUGGCUCGAUUUGAAGAUCUCAAGAGAGUCACCAUGUUUUUCAUACUCUGCUUGGCUGUCUUUGACCUGUUGUUUACACUCACACUUCCUUUCUGGGUUGUCGACCUCCUUCACCAGUGGAUCUUUGGAGAUGCUGCAUGUAAGAUCCUAACCGGGGCCUAUUUUGUGGGAAUCUACGGAAGCCUCAUUCUACUGACAGCCAUGACAGUUGACCGCUUCUUUGCCAUAGUGGUCCGCAGCCAGUGGCUGACCCGUAGACGCAGGCUCAACUGUGCAAGAGCAGCAUGUGCCGGUGCAUGGAUCAUCAGCAUAGCAGCUUGUCUGAUAGACGCCUUGUCCUCCAAUGUUCAAGUCAUAGAGUCCAUCUAUACCUGUAAUGCCAGCCCUUCCCAAGUGGACUACACAGAGUACUACAUGCAACUCAUCUUGCUUUUCUUUGUCCCACUGGCAAUCAUUGUCUUUUGCUACGGCAAAAUCCUGCACACGCUCAUGUUGACCUCAGCCAGGCAGAAAUACCGGACGGUACUGGUCGUCUUGUGCAUCGUGGUGGCUUUCGUGAUAUGCUGGGGACCUUAUCAUAUUCUCAUGAUGCUGAAUGCUGUGUAUAGACCUAAGGAAUGUCAGAAGAAGGCUGAACUAAACCAGGCUUAUGUUGCCUGCCGUAUCUUGGCCUAUGCCCACUGCUGCGUGAAUCCACUGUUGUACAUGAUGAGGGGGCGGUCCAGGAAAGUUCUGUCCAGUCUUCUCUUCUGCUCCCCGGAAUUGAGGCAGACUCAGCACCAGGAGAGACACACUGACCACAGCCAUUCCAACGUUAUCCAACACUCAGUAGCUGGGCGUGCCGAUAUCUGCAGAGCAAAAGAGCUAAACAUAAUGGAUCUCAAGUCACUUUAGGAGAGGAGGAUGAUGAACUCGACUUCUGGGACUCAAAACUGGUAAAAAGUCUCAAUACUGAGGUUAUGGCUGAUGACAGAAGUAUGGAUGUUCUCGAAAGUUGGUCAGAAGACACUGAUUACACUGAUUACUACUAUAAUUACAAUUACUCGGAAACUUUUCUCAUCAAG